AUGUUCCUCGAUAAUGAGUUCGGACACAAAUGCGAUGUGUGCGAUCGCAUCUGGUUUAAACGAGAUUUGAAGGCCGUCGACUCGGUGAUUGCAAAUUUUCUGAUUCCAUAUUUCCCGGAUGAAAAUGUUCAUUCGUUCAGACUCUGCCACAAUUGUUAUAAGGUCAGUCGAGGGCGGAAGAUCCCAAAUCUCAGCAAAGUUAAUGGGUACAGAUAUCCUCCGAAGCCGGUGAACCUUCCAAAACUGGACCCGGUGUCUGAGAGGCUGAUUUCCCCGCGAAUUCCUUACAUGCAAAUCCGUCGCUUACGACACGAGGGAUCAUACGGUAUAAUUGGGCAGGUGAUCAAUGUCCCGGUGGAUGUCGACACCAUGGUUCGAUGCUUGCCGCGAUCUCUCGACGAUGAUUAUGCUUUCAACGUCAAUUUGAAGAAGAACAUCGUACACAAAUCAUCAUACAUUAGUGGGUUUGUGAAAAAGUCUACAAUCCAUGAAUGGCUGAAAUACUUGGUCCAGCAGCCUCUCUACAAGCAUUACAAUAUCACCAUUGAUUGGUCUGUCUUCAAUGAGUCCGCAACGAGCUCGGGAAAUGACGGUCAGUGCGAGGAUCAGAUUGAACGCCUAGAUGCAUGUACCGUUCCGGAAGCUGAGUUGAUCCACUCACGACAACACACGAUGAUGUGGAACGAGGAACAUUCUCUGAACAUAGCUCCGGGUCAGCAUCGGCGACCGGAGAGUUUGACUCUCGACACCCUUGCCGAGGAGAUGUCUUUUCCGGCAAUAUAUCUUGGAUGCGGACGGCAUAUACGGUCGAUCACAGGGGAAAGAAUUCGCGCAACAGCGUACAGCAUGUGCAUGUCAGAAAUCCGUCGGAGUGAUCGACGUGGAGUGAUUCCUCAACAUGUUCUUUACAUGGCCAUGAAAAUUCUUCGACUUCGUGUCCGUGAUGGUGUCCAAAACAUGUAUCGUUGCAUGCGACCGACCGAGAUGAUCACCCGCAGUAUGAUAGAAGAUCGCGAAUUCGUUGAGCGAUUGAUCGAGACGAAUCAGGCAUUCCUAAGAACGAUCCCGAAUUCGGUGCAAUAUUGGUCAUAUCGUAAGAAAGAUCUAUUCGCAAUGAUUCGUCAGCUCGGCAAACCGACCGCAUUCCUCACGCUCAGUGCAAGCGAGACGAAGUGGCCCCAUCUUCUACGUAAUCUAUACCGUCUAUCGGAUGAAUACAAGUCACUUGGCGAGGACAUCGGAGUCGAAGAAAUUUUGGAAAAGCUUGAUAGAUAUAAGCGCGCGUUUCUAGUCGCGGAGGAUCCCGUUGCCUGUGCCAUGUAUUUCGAUAAGCUGGUACACGUUCUCAUGUCUAUGUUGAGCGCAAAGAAAGCAUACAAUCCCUUCGGACGAUACCGUGUACUGGACUACUUCCUGCGCAUCGAGUUUCAGGCCCGCGGGAGUCCCCACGCGCACAUCCUCCUCUGGCUCAAUGAUGAUCCGAAGGAAGAUAUAUCGGAAGAAAUGCCGCGCACGCUGCAAAUGAUCACUGAUUUGUGCAGCGUUGAUGAGUCCGAUUUGUCAACCCCAGAUAUGAUACGGAAUCAGACCCAUGCACACACGUUCACAUGUACGAAGAGGGGAGAACAGAGUUGUCGAUUUGAAAUCCCAUACUGGCCGAUACAUCGCACCAGAGUUCUGCUACCCUUGAGUAGAGAUGAUGGUAGGCGGAAAACUCUAAAAAUCAAAGUCGCUGACGCUCGAAAAAAAUUAGAGAGUAAAACAUACGACACUAUAGAAGCCUUCAUGAUGGACAUAAACUGCGAUGGCGUCACGUAUCUCGAAUUGAUCAGAUCAUCCUUGAAGAGGCCCACUAUACUUUUCAAAAGAAACAUGUCGCAAAUUUUCAUCAACACAUUCCAUCCAUGGAUAGCGUCUGCACUCAACUCCAACAUGGACCUACAAAUCAUUCUUGACCCGUAUUCCUGUGCGAGUUACGUAGUCGAGUACGUCAACAAGUCCAACAGAGGGUUCAGUCAUCUGCACCGGGAGCUCAUGAAAAUACACGAAACAAACCCCGAAUUCGAUCAGUGCCAGCUCAUGACAAAAGUCGGCCUGAAGAUCCUGAAUAGCGUGGAAAUGACAGCCCAGGAGGCCGCUUGGUACUUGUUGCGUCAACCUAUGAGCUGGGCUUCGCGUGGGACCGUGUCGAUCCCGACGAUGCGACCACAUGAGAGAUACAGGGCACGCAAACGCAAAUCCGUCAUGGAUGCUCAAAAUUUGUCGAGCGACAGCACAGAUAUAUGGACGAAGAAUAUCAUCCAAAAGUAUGAAGAACGAGCGCCAUCUCUGGAAGCACUCACACUCGCGCAAUUCGCAGCGUGCUUUGAGCACCAUCCCUUCGAGGAGACAAAUGACGUCGAUGGCUCUAAUUAUCGGAAACGUGCUACGAGAAAAGUUAUUAGAUAUCGUAACUAUGAUGUAAGUGACACAGAGAAUUACAAGCGAGAAAUGGUAACGCUGCAUAUACCCUUCCGAAAUGAGCUCAUCGACGUUAUCGAUCGCGAUAAAUUCCUCGAGGUCUAUGACGGGAAUAAGGAGCUCAUCAUGGAAAGGCGGAAAGAAUUCGAAGCUAACAUAGACAUCGAGGCUCUCCUGAAAGAGAUAGAAGCUCUAUGUUCCAUGAAUGAGGAGAUCUCCACGACCGAAGAAACGGAAGGAAUGGACAACGUGACGACGCAAGGAUUUCAGCCGAAUGACGAUGAUUUCGAUGAUCAUCAUCUACAGAAUUCCAUAAGCGCGGUUAGACCGCGCGAAAAUGUUCUGAGCAAGAAUGAUUACUGCGUCUGGAUGCGUAAGCUGAACGCGGAACAGCGUGAAUUGAUUCUGGAAGUCAUUCAUCGCCUGCAUGAUCCCAAUAGUGAAGCGAUCCAAAUUUUCCUUACCGGACCGGCGGGGUGCGGUAAAACGUACACGCUGAAGGCCCUCAUGGAAACGUAUAAUCGAUAUGCGCAAGAACACAACAACAUGAAUAACGCAUAUAUAUCGACGGCAACCACAGGGAAAGCAGCAACGGCAUUGAAUGGCGUCACCGUUCAUUCAGCAUUCAAACUCGCUCUAUCCAAUCGAGCUCACCAACUUUCAAACGACGUCCUACAAACAUAUCGCCAUCAUUUACGGAACGUCAGAUGCAUUAUUAUAGAUGAGAUAAGCAUGUGCAGUUCGCAUGUCUUCCACGGGGUGAACACUCGCUUGCAGGCAAUGACGGGCGAAUUCGACGCUAACUUCGGGGGUUUAGAUUUGUUUGCAUGCGGCGACCUCAAGCAACUCCCACCAGUUAGAGCGGCCCCAGUUUUUACUGCAACCAAAAGUUCGAUCGGGGGGAAAGCAAUCCUUUGGCAGUCUCUAAAUUAUUUUCCGCUCGUGCAAGUUGUGCGUCAGAGUGAUAUCGGGUUCUCCACAUUGCUGACAAAGAUUGGGUGCGGCGAAGCAUUAUCACAAGCCGAAACCGACAAAAUACAAUCACGAUUCCGUACGCGGCGAUGGUGUGAUGCAAAUUUAUCCACCGAAGUCAUGAGACUUUAUCACACAAGUGCUGACGUCCAAUCAUAUAAUGAUUCCGCGAUACCGGUAACAGAAUCCACGCAUAAUCAUAUCGCGACAGAUAUAUACACCGGUUACAGAACAGAAGCCGAAAGGAGGAAUGCGAUAGGGAAAAUGCACAGGAAAGAUACAAGAGACACGGGGAAUUUACCAUACACGAUAACCCUGGCAGAAGGAUAUCCAUACAUGCUGACGGUAAACGUGGACGUUGAGGAUGGUCUUGUGAACGGGGCGAUAGGCCAACUAAGACACGUCGAACAUUACGCACUAGACAAAGACGGCCAAGACCAUCGUCGGCUUUGGUUGAGUUUCGAGAACGAUCACAUCGGACGUAAACUACGCCUAAAGUACAAGGCGCACGUACGUAGCAAACCCAAUGAUCUUAGUGAGCAAUGGGUACCCAUCGAAUCACGGUCCGCAAAUAUCAAGAUCGACUCGAAAAUACGGUGCCGGCGGCUCCAGUUCCCGCUUGUAUCCGCGUGUGCCUUGACCAUUCAUAAAUCUCAGGGCGGGACAUUCAAUCGGAUCGUUUACGAUUAUCAUAAAAAUCAUCAACAGCAACUAGUCUACGUUGCACUUAGUAGAGUGACAAGCCUCGAGGGUUUAUACAUUACGAAUAAUGCCGAUGACUUCACCUUUUACCAUACGGGAACCGCGAACAGUCCAUCAAUAAGAGAAGUACAGAAUGAAUACAAAAGGCUGGCCACACACCGUCUCCGUACAAUUACUACCGAUAUAGACGAUUUCCUCACAACAGCGAGUCCCGGAGUAGAAACAUGGACCAUUGUCAACGUGAACGUUCAGAGUCUACAUGCUCAUGCUGAGGAUAUCGCGACGGAUCCGCUUUUACAGCGAGCUGAUCUCUUGGUCACCACUGAAACGUGGAUGCAUCCAUCAUCGACCCCAAUCAACAUUGAUGGUUAUCAUUUAGAUCAACAAUCAACGUGUGGAAAACGAUCAGGGGGCGUUGCGAUAUACAGAAAAGUCGGCACAGCAUUGAACACCGGAACACCACGCGCGACGUUCAGUAAUGAUAGCUUGGAGCACACCGGGGACAUCGCAAUCACUCACGUACAUUUGAACGGAAAGAUCGAAUUCAUCCUUGCUGCAGUGUACAUGCAUCAGGGAAAUGGAUACGAUCAGAUGGAAGAAUUCCUAUCACAGACAUUGGGAGAAUAUGAUCGCCAAUCGGCGCGGAGGCAAAUGCCCAUGUUAGUUAUCGGUGACUUCAACACAUCCAAUGAUAACCGGAAAAAAUUGGAGGUAUUCCUUGAAACACACCACGGUUUGAAAAUGAUCAAUAAUGAAGCGGAAAAGACCACCCUGGGAGGGACAUGCAUCGAUCUGACAUUUGCCAGAAAUCUUCCGAUAUCAUGCAGAGCAUACGUAUCCUACUUCUCGUAUCAUCGUCCCGUAUUCAACAAGAUACAAUAUAAACCCCAGUAA